ACGCGCUUCAGCCGAACAGGAAAAACUCAAGGUUAACUGAGCUAAUCCCUGAAAGUCUAGCGUUUUCAUAAAGGUGAACAUGUAUGGGCUCUUCGAACCCUUCAGUCGGCGAUAAACACGGCCAUCUAAACUCGACCGCAAUCCAGAGCUCGGUUGACUUUGGUUCUGGUUCUGAUGCUACAUUAACAUGGCAGUUGGGAUACGCGCGCUGCCCGCCGUGCUCGCCUCUGACUGACCAGUCAACGCCGGAGGAAACGAGCGUGCGCGUUCACGGCCGGCCGUGCUGUCACGAGCCUUAUCCGAGCUUGCGGAGGAGGCUGGAGAAUUAGAGCGGACAUUAAUUAUAAACCACAAUUUCUUUACCGCAACAAGAACGCGAGGUAGAGAGAACGGCCAGCUUUUGACAGCACAGCCCGGUCACUGAGGCACCUUCUCGGUAUACCGGCAAACCGGUGAUGUAUCCCAGCAUUUAAACGAUAUUUGCUAGCCAGCUAGCCGUCUAGCUGUUGAGCUAGCUCUAACCGUGCGUGACUCACAGUUAAGUUAACGAUAAGAUUCUCAGGCGACGCUUGCGACACCCUACGUGGCUGUAUCCAGCGGAAAGACAGCCGAACAAUUCUGUGGUUUUAGGUGAGGUCCGACGCUGGGAGUGUCGUGUGCAGCCCAUCUGUCCUGGCCCGAUAGGGAUUGAAUGAAAUAACGUUAGCUCGCCACGGGCAGCGAAUACGAGCCAGCCAACCAAGGGAUAACGUUAACGGAACCCGCUGCUGACUGACGCUGUUAAACCCUCUUCAGGCAGGAAAAAAAACACGGUAGUAGCUGAGUACUAUCAAAGCUAGGAAACACCAAGUUGUUCAUCUUUGGCUCCAGAACUAGUUGACAGGCUGAUCAGCGGCAGGUCGAGUAUUUCUUCUUCUUCUUUUUUUGUACCACGGAUAAGGCCGGAGUGAGAAGAGAAAGCUGCAAACAUGCCGGCUGUGUCGAAAGGAGAUGGAAUGCGCGGAUUAGCGGUUUUCAUCUCGGACAUUAGAAACUGUAAAAGCAAGGAGGCGGAGAUCAAACGGAUCAAUAAGGAGCUGGCCAACAUCCGCUCCAAGUUCAAGGGCGACAAGGCUCUGGAUGGAUACAGCAAGAAGAAGUAUGUGUGCAAGCUGCUCUUCAUUUUCCUGCUUGGCCAUGACAUCGACUUUGGCCACAUGGAGGCAGUCAACCUGCUGAGCUCCAACAAGUACACAGAAAAACAGAUAGGUUACCUGUUCAUCUCGGUGCUGGUGAACAGCAACAGUGAACUGAUCCGUCUGAUCAACAACGCCAUCAAGAAUGACCUGUCCAGCCGCAACCCGACCUUCAUGUGCCUGGCACUGCACUGUAUUGCAAACGUCGGGAGCCGAGAGAUGGCCGAGGCCUUCGCCAGUGAGAUCCCUCGGAUACUCGUCGCCGGUGACACGAUGGACAGUGUGAAGCAGUCUGCUGCCCUCUGCCUCCUGAGGCUUUACAAGACUUCCCCUGACCUGGUGUUGAUGGGCGAGUGGACGUCACGAGUCGUUCACCUGCUCAACGACCAGCACAUGGGUGUGGUGACGGCUGCCAUCUCUCUCAUCACCUGUUUGAGUCAGAAGAAUCCAGAUGAGUUCAAGACCUGUGUUUCUCUGGCUGUUUCCAGACUCAGCAGGAUCGUUUCCUCCGCCUCCACUGACCUGCAGGAUUACACGUACUACUUUGUCCCAGCACCGUGGCUCUCCUGCAAGCUGCUACGCCUGUUGCAGUGCUACCCUCCACCAGAGGAUGGCGCUGUCAAGGGCCGGCUGGUGGAGUGUCUGGAGACCAUCCUCAACAAGGCACAGGAGCCGCCCAAAUCCAAAAAGGUCCAGCACUCUAACGCUAAGAACGCCAUCUUGUUUGAGGCUAUCUCUCUUAUCAUCCACUACGACAGUGAACCAAACCUGCUGGUGCGAGCCUGUAACCAGCUGGGUCAGUUCCUGCAGCACCGGGAAACCAACCUGCGGUACCUGGCCCUGGAGAGCAUGUGCACUCUGGCCAGCUCCGAGUUUUCCCACGAAGCGGUCAAGACGCACAUCGAGACAGUUAUCAACGCCCUGAAGACUGAGAGGGAUGUGAGUGUUCGACAGAGGGCGGCUGACCUGCUGUACGCCAUGUGCGAUCGCAGCAACGCCAAACAGAUCGUAGCCGAAAUGCUGAGCUACCUAGAGACGGCAGACUACUCCAUCAGAGAAGAGAUGGUGCUGAAGGUGGCCAUCCUGGCAGAAAAGUACGCCGUGGAUUACUCCUGGUAUGUGGACACUAUCCUCAACCUCAUCCGAAUCGCCGGGGACUACGUCAGCGAGGAGGUGUGGUACCGCGUCAUUCAGAUCGUCAUCAACCGAGAUGAUGUGCAGGGUUACGCUGCCAAGACCGUGUUUGAGGCUCUCCAGGCUCCCGCCUGCCACGAGAACAUGGUCAAAGUCGGAGGCUACAUUUUGGGAGAGUUUGGUAACCUGAUAGCUGGUGACCCCCGCUCCAGCCCUCUGGUCCAGUUCAACCUUCUCCACUCCAAGUUCCACCUGUGCUCCGUGCCGACCCGCGCCCUGCUGCUGUCCGCCUACAUCAAGUUCAUCAACCUGUUCCCAGAGACCAAGGCCACCAUCCAAGAGGUGCUGCGCUGCGACAGCCAGAUCCGGAACUCGGAUGUGGAGCUGCAGCAGCGUGCGGUGGAGUACCUGAAACUUUCUUCCAUCGCCAGCACCGACGUCCUGGCCACCGUCCUGGAGGAGAUGCCUCCCUUCCCCGAGAGGGAGUCGUCCAUUCUGGCAAAGCUGAAGAAGAAGAAGGGCCCCGGUGCUGUGUCGGUGACGGAGCUGGAAGACAACAAGAGGGAAGGCGGGGAGUUGAACGGAGGCGGCGAUCGGGGGCCUGACACGGCAGCGAUGGCUGCCUCUAAUGCUUCCACCCCGUCACCGUCAGCGGACCUGCUGGGCAUUCGUUCUGCAGCUCCUGUGGGUCCGGCUCCAGCCGGUGCUGGCAGCCUGUUGGUGGAUGUUUUUUCUGAAGCAGGUCCCGCCGCGCCGUCGACAGCGGUGAACGACGACGGCUUCCUAAGAGAUCUGGAACAGCCCCCUGAGACUUCUGACUCCCUAUUGGUGGAGAGUUCUGGUGACUCAGACUCUGCUCCUCCCUCUGAGGAUCCUGCUCCUCCUCUGUCUGAGGCCGAAGAACUCCUUAACAAAUUCGUGUGCAAGAACAACGGUGUGCUGUUUGAGAACCAGCUGCUACAGAUCGGCAUCAAGUCGGAGUAUCGUCAGAACCUGGGGAGGAUGUACUUAUUCUACGGUAAUAAGACGUCAGUGCAGUUUGCCAGUUUCAGCACCACGGUCAGCUGCCCUGGAGAACUUCAGUCUCAGCUCAACGUUCAGACCAAACAAGUGGAGCCCCUAGUGGAGGGCGGGGCACAGAUUCAGCAGGUCCUCAAUAUCGAGUGUCUGACUGACUUUUCUGACGCACCGCUGCUCAACAUCAAGUUCAGUCUGGCCUUUUUCCAGCCCACAGAGAUGGCGUCAAACGACUUCUUCCAGCGCUGGAAACAACUCAGCCAGCCUCAACAGGAAGCACAGAAGAUUUUUAAGGCCAACCACAGCAUGGACACUGAGGUUCUGAAGGCUAAGUUACUGGGACUCGGAACAGCUCUGCUGGACAACGUCGAUCCAAACCCAGAGAACUUUGUGUGCGCUGGAGUGAUCCAGACCAAGAGCCAGCAGGUCGGCUGUCUGCUACGACUGGAGCCGAACGCCCAGGCACAGAUGUACCGUCUGACCCUGCGCUGCAGCAAAGACUCCGUCUCCAAGCGUCUCUGUGAGCUGCUGGCACAACAGUUCUAGAAACACAGAUCUGUCUGAUGAGCAGUCCUCCCACCAUCUC